AUGGGGUCCUCGGGGACCUUCGUUGCUGACGCUUCGCGCUCGUGGGAGGAUACGUGGAACCAUUGGUGUACUACUGACGAGGACCGUGGAGUGUCGGACGAGUUGCGAGGGCACGGACUGCGCCUCGCUUCCCUCAGCACGAGGUCCCUCUCUGCGCGGGAGAAGCCCGGUCACGACGUGUCCGUUGACGGGACCGCGCGGCGACAGUCGCCCUCGGCCGGCCUUCAGAGCGCGGGGGCGAACAGAUUCCACUCCCAGGCUGAACGAGCAGAGUAUGGCAGCCCCCUGGCCGGGAACAUCUCUCAGGACGGGUUCGUGAACCUCAAGAGAUGCGACACGCAGGAGCUGAACGACGCCAUACAAGCAACUAGCGAAACUAACGGUCUUAUACAAGACACGAUAGAGGCGUACCCGCAGUACGAGUUCAAGUACGGGGUGCACGACCCGCACACGGGCGACGUGAAGAACCAGUGGGAGAGCAGGGACGGCGACGUGGUGAAGGGCUCCUACAGCCUGGUCGAGCCCGACGGCUCCACGAGGACCGUGCACUACACGGCCGACAAGCACAGCGGCUUCAACGCCGUGGUCAAGAAGUCCGGCCACUCCUCCCACCCUCAGCACUACGGCCAUCACGUGUCGGCGUACCCGGGAUACCAGCAGUACCAUCUGCAAGCAGCGCACCACGAACCAUACCCAAAAAUGUAUGAGUACCACAACCAACCAACAAAUCACUAUACUGCGUACCCGCAGUACGAGUUCAAGUACGGGGUGCACGACCCGCACACGGGCGACGUGAAGAACCAGUGGGAGACCAGGGACGGCGACGUGGUGAAGGGCUCCUACAGCCUGGUCGAGCCCGACGGCUCCACGAGGACCGUGCACUACACGGCCGACAAGCACAGCGGCUUCAACGCCGUGGUCAAGAAGUCCGGCCACUCCUCCCACCCUCAGCACUACGGCCAUCACGGCUACUGA